AUGGCAAAGAAUCAAGACCUACACACCGACGCCGAUGUCUACGCGGCCGACUCGGCGUCGCAGCAAUCCUCGGUGGCCAAGCACAAGAAACCAUGGUACUACUACCUCUGGGACUCGUUCGGCAAGCCCGCACCGGAGCGCAAGCUCCUGUUCAAGCUCGACGCGUCGAUGCUCGUCUUCUCGGUGCUGGGGUUGAUCAUGCGAUACAUUGACCAGGCAAACAUCUCCACGGCAUUCGUCUCGGGAAUAAAGGAGGACCUGCACAUGUUCGGUCUGCAGUACAACUACGUGAUCACCGCGUGGACUGUCGGCUACUGCGUCGGCCAGAUCCCCGGCACCGUCCUCCUGAACCGCGUCUCGCCGCACUACGUCAUCUUCGUGUGCGAAGCCGGCUGGAGCAUCAUGACGCUGUCCACGACGUGGGUGAAGAACUGGCAGCAGCUGCUGUUCAUCCGCUUCAUGGUCGGCGUGUUCGAGGCGCCGUACUACCCUGGGCUCCAGUUCCUCCUGGGCAACUGGUACACGCCCGACGAGCUCGGCAAGCGCACGACGCUGUUCCAGGCCGCGACGGCCGUCGGCACUUUGCUUAACUCGGUCAUGCAGGGCGGUAUCCACAAGACGCUGAAUGGCAAGCUCGGCCGGCCGGGCUGGCGCUGGAUCUUCAUCAUCGACUUUGUCGUCUCGUUCCCCGUCGCCAUCUGCGCCUUUUUCUUCAUCCCCGACCUGCCGGACAAGAUCAAGCCCAGCUGGCUUUUGAAAGAGAAGGAUAUCGCGCUCGCGCGUAAGCGGCUGGCGGAUAUCGGCCGAAAGGGAACCAGCAAGGACGGGCUCAGCGUCAAGGCCGUCCUCAACGUUCUCAAGUCGUGGGAGAUCUACCUCUUCACUAUCACGUACAUUCUUUUCAUGUUCAACCUCCAGCCGCAGAGCAGCUUUGCUUUCUGGCUCAAGAACUCCAAGGUGCCGAAGUACACGGUCGAGCAGAUCAACUACUAUCCGUGUGGGAUGUACGCCGUCGACAUCUUCUCGUGCGUCGUCUUCGCGUGGCUUUCCGACUCGGUGCUCGGCGGCGCGAGGUGGCCAUUCAUCAUCGCGACGGCAGUGUGGCAGUGCAUCAAUUGCUCGCUGCUUGCCGCAUGGUCGCCGUACGGCGAGCACCGGAGCUCGCGCUGGGCGCUGUAUUACCUCACUGGGCUGGUGUACUGUACUCCCGGGCUGCUGUACGCGUGGUGCAGCGAGAUCAUCUCGGACAGUGCCGAGAAGCGCGCGAUUGUCAUGGGCACUUUCAACUCUGUCGCCUUCAGCUUCACGGCUUGGCUCCCGCUCAUCUUCUUCAAGCAGACCGACCAGCCGUGGGUACGUAACGGCAACAUCGCUGCCGCGUCCUUCAUCGCCACCGAGAUCCUCUCCGUGCUGGGUAUUCUCUACUUCUCCAAGCGUGACCACAAGCGUAAGCGUCUCGCGCAAGCCGAGGGCCUCGAGGCGGGCGAUAAGCAGACCAUCGACGAGUAUUCGGGCUACAGUGAUGCCGACGGUGAACGGCUGUAA